UUUAAACCACGUGACGUGAAGCGGAAAUACUCCGUUCUCUCAAAAUGUCCGCGGCCGAUGAAGACACGUUGCCUCAGGAGGAUGAUGGGUUUGAGGAGAUGGAGUCGAGUGGAAGUGACGAGGAUGAUAUGGAGGGAGAUGGACAGACUGGGGACGGGGAGGAAAAAGUUUAUGUCCCCGGUCUGCAGGCGCUUCAGCCUGGAGAAGAGCUCGAGAUGGACCGGUCCGCUUACCGCAUGUAUCAUGAGUGCCAGACCGGUGCCCCAUGUCUGAGUUUUGAUGUGGUGCGUGAUGGUGAAGGAGAGGGGAGGGAGCAGUUUCCUCUCUCUUUGGUUCUUUGUGCGGGUACACAGGCGGACACUGCGUUAAGCAACAGGCUUAUUGUCAUGCGCAUGCACAAUCUUCAUGGAACUGAUAAAGAAAAAGACGAAAAUGAAAGCAGUGAUGAAGAAAGUGAUGAAGAAGAGGAAGACGAGGAUAAUAAACCACAGUUGGAACUGGCCAUGAUGCCACAUUAUGGUGGGAUCAACAGAGUCAGAGUCACCCAGCGAGGGGAACAGGCAUUGGCUGCUGUCUGGUCAGAGAAAGGUCAGGUGGAGAUUUUUGACCUCCGGCCUCAGCUUGAGGCAGUGCAUAAUUCAUCAGCGAUGUCAGCCUUCAUCAAGCAACAGAAGGAAGCCACACCCCUUUUCAGUUUUACUGGUCACAUGUCAGAAGGAUUUGCCAUUGAUUGGUCACCCAAGGUACCAGGACGCCUGGUAAGCGGUGACUGCAAGAAGAACAUUCAUGUCUGGGAGCCCCAGGAGGGUGGGACAUGGAAGAUUGACCAACGGCCUUUCAGCUCACAUAGCAAGUCUGUUGAGGACCUACAGUGGUCACAUACUGAAGCCACGGUUUUUGCAUCCUGCUCAGUGGAUCAGUCCAUUCGCAUUUGGGACAUAAGGGCGCCACCUAAUUCUAUGCUUUCAGCCAACGAGGCUCAUUCUUCAGAUAUCAAUGUUAUCAGCUGGAACCGGACUGAACCAUUUAUUUUGUCUGGAGGAGAUGAUGGCCUCCUGAAAGUCUGGGAUUUAAGGCAGUUCCAGUCUGGACGUCCAGUGGCCAGUUUUAAGCAGCACAGUGCACCUGUGACAUCAGUCCAGUGGAGCCCUGCUGACUCCAGUGUAUUUGCUGCUGCUGGAGCUGAUGAUGUCGUCAGCCAAUGGGAUCUCUCAGUGGAAUCAUGUGACGAGGGAGGACAGGCAGAGGGCUUAAAACAGCUACCACCACAACUACUUUUCCUUCACCAGGGCCAGAAAGAAGUGAAGGAGCUCCACUGGCACCCACAGAUUCCUGGAGUUCUCAUUUCCACAGCGUUGUCAGGAUUCAACAUCUUCAGAACUAUUUCUGUUUAAGUGUGUGUGUGUGUGUGUGUGUGUGUGUGUGUAUAAUUUUAUAUGUACAUAGAUGGAUGAAUGGAACAUCUUGGUAUGCAUGAUUCGUAUGCAUUUGUCAUUUCCCCACCCUUGUACUUGUGGAACCAAUUUUUCAACUUCUUGAGACAAAUGAUGUAAUUGUGUAUGAUGAAUUACUAAUUUGUGCUCAUUAAAACUCCAUUUUGAAUCAUCCAUAA